AGCGGGAAGGUCACAGGAAGUGAUUCAGGAGGUGUCAUUGAUCUUACACUGGAUGAAGAGGAUGAUGGCUCUUCUCAAGAUGGCAAGAAGCAGAACCAGACAUCUGUUACAGGAUUGAGCAUACCCACCCAGCCCUUGACUCGACCCUUGCAGCCUUUGCAGCCAAACCCAGUGCAGCAGACAGGUGUGCCAACGAGUGGACCUUCCCAGACCACCAUACAUGUGAUACCUACAGCUCCAACAACAGUGAAUGUGACUCAUCGGCCAGUGACUCAAACUGCUGCAAAACUUCCUAUACCAAGAGCCCCUGCUAACCAUCAGGUGGUCUACACCACUCUUCCUGCACCACCAGCGCAGAAUCCUGUACGGGGAGCUGUGAUGCCAAGCCCUGGUUUAAGGCCAGUCAACCCGCAGACUGGAGGUAUGGCAGUACGAAUGCCUCAAACAACUGCAUAUGUCGUGAACAACGGACUAACUCUUGGGUCUGGAGCACCUCAGCUUACAGUGCAUCAUCGGCCACCACAGGUGCAUGCUGAGCCACCACGCCCUGUACAUCCUGCCCCACUCCCGGAGGCACCACAGCCACCACGUCUGCCCCCUGAAGCUGCCAACACUUCUCUGCCUCAAAAGCCACAGCUGAAGCUGGCGCGGGUACAGAGCCAGAAUGGUAUUGUGCUGUCAUGGAGCGUCAUGGAGGUGGACCGGAGCUGUGCCACUGUGGACAGUUACCAUCUCUACGCCUACCACGAGGACCCGAGUGCCACUAUGCCCUCCCAGUGGAAGAAGAUUGGGGAAGUGAAGGCGCUCCCACUACCUAUGGCAUGCACUCUUACACAGUUUGUGUCUGGCAGCAAAUAUUACUUUGCAGUCCGGGCUAAGGACAUCUAUGGACGUUUUGGACCCUUCUGUGACCCCCAGUCCACAGAUGUGAUCUCCUCCCAGAGCAGUUAAACUAGAGAUCUUUGGAGCCUUUAAACCUGUCCUACUACCAAGAAUUACCCCAGUUUUGGGGGGUUGAUCCCAUGCAUGAAAUUCACUUUUAAAUCCACUCUCUGCAGGAUUAUUUUAGACAGUUGUGUGAUACACUACAUGCAUUCAGAACCAAAAGAAAAAUAAAGUCUCACCUGCAGCAAGAGCGCCUGUUUUUUCUGGAUAGCUCAAGUCAUGGGCCAAUU